AAAUUGAAUAAAUACUACACCCAAGAACCAUAGAAGAAAAUAACCAGGAAGCUGUAUUCUUGAGGCAGAGGGACUGUCAUGGGAAUUGUUUUUUAAGCUCUGUGCAUGGGAGAAAUCGAUGAGACAGCAACACAAAGGAUGGAGAAGGUGAUCAACUGUUUCUGCAAGAAACCAGAUGCUGUGGCCAGGCUGAUUUGCUUCCCCUGGGCAGGUGGAGGCUCCAUUCACUAUGCACGCUGGGGAAACGUCCUCGACGGCUCUAUUGAAGUGUACGCCGUUAAGCUUCCAGGCAGAGAGAGUCGAGCCAAAGAGGCGUUCUUUCAGGACAUGCAGCAGAUUGUGGAUGAGGUUAUUGGUGUGUUGCUACCAGAGCUGAGAGAGAAGCCAUUCGCCCUUUUUGGCCACAGUUUCGGCGCCAUGACAAGCUUCGCUGUAGCAGAUGCACUGAAGAGAGUCCACAACCUUGAACCAGUUCACAUCUUCCUGUCUGGCGCCUCUGCACCUUAUUCAGAGACGCGCAUCAAAGCCCCAAAGAGGAGCGAGCUGUCAGAUGAGGAUUUCCUGAAGUGGCUGAUGGCGAUCGGAGGCACUCCCCCCGAGCUGCUGGCCAACCCCGAGGUGCUCAAGCUCUUCCUGCCUGCUCUGAAGGCCGACCUGCACGUCGUGGAAAGCUACAGGUACAACAAGCCCGACAGGCCGUUCCUCUCCUGUCCGGUCACGUGCUUUGAUGGGAAGCAGGACAUUCCUCAUGACUUACAAGCUUGGAAGGACAUUUCAUCCGGAGACUUCACAGUUCGGAUGCUAGAUGGAUCGCAUUUUUACUUGAAAGAUGCUGAAAAUGAAAAAAUUAUAUUAGACUACAUCACAAAACACCUAGAAACAUCAGAAAUGGACUAUUUGUAGUGAAAUACAUAACAAAACACAGUAUAUAUUUAAUGUCUUAAAUGUUUUUUGUUCUUUGUCGCUAAUUCUAUGUGACAGAAUAAAACUGAAUAUAUAUUUUUCAAUAGUAUCAUAAAUACUAUCUCAAACUAGAAAAAAUCUGACAUCAUAAUUUUACUUUGGAGAACUGCCACAAAUGUCUGGCGAUAUUUAGGAAGUCAUUCCAUGCCCUUCAGUGGCUGUACAUCUGAUCAUAAACAGUAUAACUGAGUCCACAAAAGACAUUUUCUUAAACAUACUUCAUUUUUAUUGCUAAACCCACAUUUAAAAAGGUACAAUCCAAAACAAUGCCCAUGUACUCUUUAUUGGGAGCGUGUAACCUAGUACCUGUUGUGCACAGAUUUGAGAUGUUGGAUAUAUUCAUUAAUACAGUAACGUUACUCGUGAAUAAAUAUUCCUUUAUCAUACAAGUGACAUUUACAAUAGUCUUAUCCUUCAAGUUUAACAUAUGACCUCAAGUAUUGCUUUUGGACAAAUGAGCAGAAAUGCACACACAAAAAAAAA